UCUACCAGAGGUUGAACCCAGGGCCUCCCAAUGCUAGGCAUGGGCUCUGCCGCUGUCUGCUUCCCAGGCGGCUCUAGGAUCUUCAUAUUGUUCAGUAUUUUGGGAUUCCUUUGGAGUGCAGCCUCAUUUGUUUGACAGGAGUGUGGACCAAGGGCAUCAAAGUGUAGGACGUGCAGCAUAAUAAUGAGAGCAUAGCAAGAGCAGUGUCUCCUCUUGAUGGAAGAGGAGACACAGACAUGAAGCUGACUAACUCCUCGAGCACCCACACCCAGCAUGGGAUUUCAAUGAAAAUCUCUCUAAUGGAAAUAGUUUAAAUCAAAUGUUGGGAAUGAAAACAGCAUUAUUUUUUAUUGUUGUUUUGCUUUUUUUUAAAAUAGUCUUAUGUAGCAGUUUUGUGCUGAACUCAGUAAGUAGCCAGGGGUGACUUUGGACUCUUGGUUCUCUGACCUUCAAGUACCGGGAUUGCAAGUCUCAUUCCACUUCCAAAAUACAAUAUCUAAUUUCUACAAUUAAGAGACGCCAGUUAGCCAGAUGCAGUGGUGUCCAUCUGUAAUCCCAGCUGCUUGAGGGGCUGAAGCUUAAGGAGACAGCCUCUGCCGCCGCGUCACGACUCCGUAGAAUCCAUGCAGGUGUUUAGACAACACUGCCAGAUAGCAGAGGAGUACCAUGAGGUCAAAAAAGAGAUCGCCUUGCUUGAGGAAAGGAAAAAGGAGCUCAUUGCCAAGCUGGAUCAGGCAGAAAAGCAGAAGCUGGAUGCUGCUCAGCUGGUUCGGGAAUUUGAGGCUCUGACGGAGGAGAACCGGACGCUGAAGAUGGCCCAGUCUCAGUGUGUAGAACAACUGGAAAAACUCAGAAUCCAGUAUCAGAAGAGGCAAGGGUCCUCCUAACUCUAGCCGAUGAUGAAAUGUGAGCAUACAAGGUUGCUGGCUGUUACGCGCUGGCCAGCAAAAUUUGUAUCUUAAAGGGACAGAGAGCAAAAUGUAUUGCUUCUCUUUAUUACCCACAUGGCAAAUGUCUAGAAUGAAUUUAGUGCUGACUCGCUUCCAGCUUGAGAGAGGGAUAUUUUAUUUUAAGCAAGGUCAUUAACGCAAAGCUAUCACCAGUAUAUAUCUUCAGAGAUCAGAGUUCUUUUCCAAAUAUAUAUAU